UGUGACAAACUGUGACAAACUAUGGGCCUGUGACAAACUGUGACAAACUAUGGGCCUGUGACAAACUGACACGCUUCCCUGAGUAGCCCCUCCUCCUGAUAGAUCGAGAGGUAUGUAGACUGUAGAGUAGAUGAUCCCAUUUUCCUAAGACAACAACGCAGGUGGGAAAUCCCCUAGCAAGAACUGAAUGUCCCUGAGCCUAUUAAUAAAAUCAUUUUUAUCAGGAGUUGGGAGUCGGCAACAGGAAUAUACGAUGUUCCCUUCACGUCUCCAGCAGUUGGUUAGUGCACUCCGGGCUGGUCGCACCUUCUCCGUGCCACCGUCAGUGUGUUUGCGCCUGUCGUCGCUCGCUUAUUCAGAUCAGCCAAUCCGAAUCCAGGACCAGGCCUGUUGGGAUUACGUCACUAAAAGGGGAUUCCCCGUACUGGAUUGCGGAAAAACUGUUUGUUCUAUAAAUAGAUUCUGCUGCUGAACUCGGAAGGCUGCACACGUAUCAAAGGUUUAGUGAAUGAAUGAUGAUCCUCGCAUCCUGUGUGCCCCUAGAUCCACUACGUUUCUCCUGCCUGCAGUCAGCCUGGGACCUAAAAGGGCUCCGAUGAGGAUUUUUUCCGAUGUUUACUUCACGCUGAAAGACCCGCUGUUCCGACAUUUGAUCCGACCCACGGGUCCGUGGGACAUUGACCAUAAUUACGUCUUAUCUUGUUGUCACUUUGGAAACUGUAGGAUUUUCCUAAAGAGUGCUUCUUGGGCAAGAUAAUAACAGUGGAGGAGCCUGUCAACCCAUUCAACAAAGAAGUUCACUUGCAAGUCGUGGAAAAAACACGUUUCAUCUGAGCUUCUGCAUUUAAGCAUUUAGUACCUUAUUAUUAUUAUAUUAUUUGCCAUAUUUAUUUAACUUUUUACAGUGUCUUAUGUAAUACUUUGACUUUUAGUGUCGUGAAGUAGUGAGUGUUAGAUUGCCGGAUGUCCAUACGUUUUGCUCUUUCUCUCUUCUAUUGAAGGUUUUCAUAUUUUGAAUGUUGAAGCAUUGUAACCUCUGCAUGGUGUAAAUAGAAAAUAACAGGAUCUGUGUAAAAUAAGAAUUGCUUCUGUACAUUUAGCUCACGGUAAAGGCUGACAAGAGCACUCUGCAGCUUGUAGUGGAGUCAAUUUGUGUGAAAGUGUCUAGUAUUUGGUAUGUAAGUUAGGUCACUUUGUGCUGUUUGUUGAUAAUUCAACUCGUUUGAGAAAGAGUGAGGGAGUGGCUGUCAUAGUCUGAGGAGGUUUGUGAGCUCAAGAUCCCUGGAUGAAAGCUGAUGCCUUGUCUGAGUGCGACCUCAGGAGACGGACGUUGUUUUUUCCCGAGGAGAUCUCGUCCCAUAAGUUCCCAUGACAUCAAGUUACCCAGUAAUCAAAGACUGUCAUGCAGAUCAUUCAAUCAUCCAAAUCUCCACAACAUUGGAGGCCUCCAGGAACCCUUCUGUUUUCGGAGAACUACACAUGGAAUACAGCUGAUUCAGUGGGGAGGGGUGCCAGCGCUGUGGUCUUUCUGGGGAGACACAAG